GCAUACCCAAUUUGAAACAAACAUUGACCACAAAGAAUUCUCCCACCAACUGCGGUGCCUAAGACACAGGACAACAUGUUGUCAACGCUACCUUGUACGACCUGAUCCUCCUGACCGACACAGAACGAGGAUGUUCUGUUCAACAUUGGAACUCAUUGUCAUAAACAUAAAACCCACGUCAUCAUGUCAAGGCUUCUCGCUAGUGGAAAUGUUAGAAGGUUUGUGCAUUCUUUUCACCGGAAACAGAACAAUGGCAACUUGGAAGGAUUUCAUCCAAUCGGGAUCCCUUACACAACCUACAAAUUUUUCUCAUACUAUGCAGUUGUACAGAAAGGACAAACUCCAUUUAUGUUAUAUAAAACAAAGGUUAAGUUGCUGAUGAAUGGCAGUGCGAGGAACUUGUAUACCAUCCCUUCAAAUAAUGCAAAAUACCAGCAUGGUCAGGUUCUUUGGAACAUGAUGCGUUUCCAUAAGGGGCCAGCUCUACCUCCAGUUGGUCAAAUUGCCCGUGCUGUGAGUCUAGCUAUGGUUAAAUCAAAUUUUGUUAUUCAUGGUAUGAUUGCUGUCAUAGUAAGCGCCUGGACACAAGGGAAAUUAGCAGAAGCGGAAGCAUUCCCGACAAGGGAUUUAUUGUACUUACACGCACAAGAUGGACGUGUAUAUUUAACCUCAGUUCUCUUGGAUGCCCUUGAGAUGGUUGCCUUGUUUCUCAGGGCUUUGUACUUACUAGUUUUGUUCUCUCCUUGCAUAGCUAUGGCUCCUUUAGUUCACUAUUUUGGUAUUCAGUUUAGAAAAACAUGGAUUCGUGUUGUUCAUCAUACACUUGCAAAGGCCGGCCCAGCAUUCAUUAAAUGGGGUCAAUGGGCUGCAACCAGACCCGAUCUCUUUCCUAGGGAUCUUUGUGAUGAACUAGCAGAAUUUCAAACCAAAGCACCAUCACAUAGUUUUAGUUAUAGCAGAAAAUGUAUUGAAACUGCGUUUGGUCGCAAAUUAAAUGAAAUAUUUGAGAAGUUUGAGGAAGAACCAGUAGCUUCGGGUAGUAUAGCUCAAGUUCAUCGAGCUACACUAAAGUACAAAUACCCUGGUCAGCAAAUCAAACCUGUCGUUGUAGCAGUCAAAGUUCGACAUCCGGGGGUUACUGAAGCAAUUAGAAGGGAUUUUUUCAUUAUAAAUCUUGUUUCCAAGAUAACGAGUAUUGUUCCUAAUUUGAAGUGGUUGAGAUUAGAUGAGAGCAUACAGCAAUUUGCUGUUUUUAUGAUGUCUCAGGUUGAUCUUUCGAGGGAAGCGGCACAUCUUAAUCGCUUUAUCUACAAUUUCCGGAGAUCGAAAGAUGUUUCAUUUCCAAUACCUCUGUACCCUCUCGUGCACCCUUCUGUUUUGGUGGAAACUUAUGAACAGGGUGAAAGUGUUUUACAUUUUGUUGAAGAUCUUGAAGGACAUGAGCAUAUCAAAAGUUCUCUCGCUCAUAUUGGAACACAUGCUCUUUUAAAGAUGCUUUUGGUGGAUAAUUUUAUUCAUGCAGACAUGCAUCCCGGAAAUAUUCUUGUUCGUAUGGAGAAAAAGAAAUCACCACCUGCUGUACAGCUCUUUAAGUCAAAGCCCCAUGUCAUUUUCCUUGAUGUAGGCAUGACUACUGAACUUUCGAAGAGGGAGCGAGAAUGUUUACUGGAAUUCUUUAAGGCUGUUGCACUUCAAGAUGGUCGCGGUGUUGCCGAGUGCACCCUUAGAUUAUCAAAACAACAAAAUUGCCCUGACCCAAAAUCUUUCAUUGAGGAGGUGGAUAAAUCAUUUAAGUUAUGGAGGUCCUCAGAAGGUGAAGCUGUCCACUCAGGUGACCGUAUGCAACAUUUGCUCGAGCAUGUUAGGCAGUGUAAAGUCAAUAUAGAUGGGAAUAUUUGCGCUGUGAUAGUGACCACAUUAGUUCUGGAGGGGUGGCAACGGAGGCUUGAUCCGGAUUAUGAUAUGCUGCACGCUUUGCAGACACUGCUGUUUAAAGCUGACUUGGCAGAAGAGUCUCUAUCUUAUGCCAUUGAAGGACCAGUGGCCCCGUAAUUAAAAUGUGGCCCUUUUGUUUGCACCAAAUUUUGGUGCAGAAAAAUUUGUUGUAGAUUAUUUUGCUAUUGUUGCAGAUGUGCUUCAAUUUACCAAUGCCAUUUUUGUGCAGCCCUUAUUGUGUUUCUUAUUACAAGCUGGGGCCCGGCAUUGUGAAGGUUUUGAAUAAUUUUUGGUUUUCUUUUUUGAUAGAAUUUUAUGGUUCUGCUGUAUACUUAUGAUAUAGAAUAAUAAUCAGGAAAUCAGGUCAAUAAGUAUUUGUUAUUUG